UUCUGAAAGUCCAAAAGCCCUCCUUUCUCCCGCCAGAGGAGGGAGAAAAUUAUCUCCUUUCCUGUUUAGAUUCUAUCUGAUCAUUGGUUUCUCGGAGUGAUUGGGGUUUCGAUUUGGGGAAAUUAGGGUUUUUUUUGGGAGCUUCUUUUGGCUUCACCGGGGCGGAAGAUCUGUGGAGAUUAGGGUUUUUUUGAGGAGAGAGAAGGAAUGGCUCAGCAAUUGGGAUGGAAGCACCACUCUCUUAUACAAGCUUUGAUGUCCCGUGGCCCAUUAGAUGAGAAGGCGUUCCAUGAGAUUUUUAUGGGCAUCACGGGAAAAAAUCCAGUUACACAUCCGCAGACAUUCAAUGAUUGCCUGCUCAAAAUAAACAAGGAGCUAGCUUUUGUUCAGUUCGAGCUGCGGGCAUGCAGAAACCAAUACGACGGCAAGGUUUAUUAUGGCGUUAUCAAUAAUGUAGCUGACGAGCAAUCAAAACUUGGAACCAAGUAUUCGGUUCCACAGAUUGCAUUCUACAAGGGAGUGAUAGAUGCAAUUGUUCAGGAUAUGUCAACUCAAGGCUGCAUAACCAACAUUGAAGCUCUUAAUGUCCGUCUUGAAAAUCAGACUGAGCAGGCUUCACAAGAUACUCAAUUGCAUAUCCCUGCUGCAUUCAAGAGUUUCUCAUUGUCUCAGAAGGAGAAGACUCUCAAUGAUCUCAUCCAAGAUCAAUGGCUUUGCUAUACUCCUGAUGGUAAAAUUGGAUUUGGUAUCCGAUCUUUUUUUGAUCUCCGAAGCUGGUUCCGUAAUAAUGAUGUUCCUUCUUGUGAUGUCUGCAAUGAAGCUGGGGUGAAGGCUCUUACAUGUCCAAAUGAAGGUUGCCCUGUCCGACUUCAUGAUUAUUGUUUGAAGAAGAAAUUUUCUCAGCGGAAGGGUUCAAGAGCUUGUCCUGGUUGCGGUACUGAAUGGCCCAGAUCUCAGUGCCAGCAGGAAGAAGAUACAAAUGCACUGGGACAAAGUCAGGUGGCUUCGGCUGAUCCCAUCAUAAGAGGAAAGCGUAGAAAUGUCAAAGCUGAAGCAGUAGAAGCAACUCAGGCACCUCCUCGCCCUGAGAGAGCGAAGAGGCUGAGGAGCUGCAAAACUGAAGCAGUGGGAACUGCUGAAAAUGAGGCCCCGCCUUCUAAUUUGAGGAGAACUCGCAGAUCUGGCCGCAUAUAGCUAGUACAGUUGUGGGCACUUUUGCUUAUCUUGUAAUUAGGGAUGUGCAUGGGUUGGCUUAGAUCGGUUUGGAGCUAAAUUCAAACUGGUUUUGUAAAACUGAAAUCUAAACCGAACCGACUAUCUAUAAAAAUCGUUUGAAAGUGUCUCGAAAUA